GGCCUUGCGGCGUGAACGUGAAGGUCACGGUCAUGGCCAAUGACACCAUCAGCGCCGAUGGCAUGGGCAAUGGGAACAACGGCAUAUUUUCGUUCAUCACAGAUCGCCUGGGGCUCGACCUUUCACGCGGGGGGCCGCCUACCGACGCUGUCGAGGGCCGAGCAGGAUGCGGCGACGGUGGCGACAAGGGCUCUGGAGUUCGGAGCCCGAGGGCCUUUGCAGGGGUCGAUGGCGGCAGCGCAUUUCAGUUCGCGAAGGUCGCCUGUUUCGACGACAACGGCAACAGAGUGACAGCGCCUGCCAGGCGUCGCAUGCGCUCGCGCAGCCGAGAGACGCGGCUUAAGAUGAUGCGGGAGGGCGCCCGGGAGGACGCUCGACAGGUGCCUAGUGAUUGUCGCGACAUGCAAUCGAUGUUUGUACACCAGCCCCUCGUCGACAUCGACGUUGGUCUAGUGAUGAAGCGCGUGCGGCACCUCCACGAUCGUGCCAUCGCCUCUGGGCUCUCCGUCUACAUCGGCACGACGAGCGACCCUUCAUGGCGAUGGAAUGGAGGAUGGGGGUGGCGAGGAAACGACCGAAGCUUCAUGCGCGGGCACAAGCUCAGCUACGAUGAGAUGCAAGUGGUCGCGUCCUUCCCCGACAAACAAUGCGGAGAGGUUGAGAAGCAUGUGAUCGCGCACUUCCCCCGUGCUGACAACAAGGUCGCGUCGCAGCAGGGGCUUGCG